UAAUACCGCAUGAGGUGACGUUCUGGAACGUUUCGCGAUUUGAAAGGACGCCCCGGAGUCCGGAGUAUCCUUCGGACGUGAAAAAGGCACGCGUGGUCCACCGCUCCACGCAGAUCACAGAUUCCGGGAAUUCCGUCAGUGAAAUCCGUGAACUUUGAACCGCGCUAUCAGCGCGGAAUCGGCGGACCGUUUACGCCGUCGGUUGUCGCGCGUGCCGAUGUCGCGAGAGUCCACGGAAGAACGGACGUGAGCUUCGAGAGCGAUGGCACCGGGACGGAGUAACGUUAUCAACGGCAACCAGCUCAGGAACUCCUCCAGCAUUUCGUACAGUAUGCCGGGACUAAAUUUGCCCUUCCAAACCGCUGGAGCUGUUCCACCGCCGUUGCCACCUCGCCAGCCGGCGCAAAGUUACUCGGGGUACAACGACUACAGACCGUAUGGCUCGAGCUAUGGCUACGGGAAUUAUGGGAGCUACGGGUACGGAGGUGGUUACGGUGGUUACCGAGGUUACGGUGGAUAUGGAUCUUUUGGUAGUUACAAUCCCUAUGGCAGCAGCUAUGGCCAAAUUGGAGGGCACAGUGGUGACGUAGAAAACAGAUUUCAACAAUACGCGGAGGAAAGCACGAGAUCGACUUUCCGCGUGGUGGAGUCUGUGUUACAGACAUUUUCGUCAAUCACGAUGUUGCUGGAAUCAACGUAUUUCGCAUUGACGAAUUCGUUCCGAGCGAUUUUAAGCGUGGCGGAUAAUAUCGGUAGACUGCGUUCAACAGUCGGCCAGCUAUUGAGCACGUUUGCUUUAAUCCGUGUCAUGAAAUGGAUCUACAGAAAAAUUUUAUUUACGCUUGGUCUUCAAACGCAAAGUGCUGUUGCCGAGGAUUUGUGGCAACAGUCGGUGUCACAGCUAAACGGAGAACGGCCGACGACUACGUCGGCGACGAAUGAACGGAUUUCUCCGUGGAUGAAUAUUCUACUCCUCGGCGUGUUUGUCGCUAUUCCAUAUCUAAUUCACAAGAUAACGAGUAGCAUAAAGCAGAGUCAAAUAAAAGUUAACGAUCCGAAAGAAUGGGUGAAAUGCGAGGAUCCUGUUUGCGUGGCGACAGCGAUGUACGAUUUCAUGGCGGUUUCUAACGAGGAAUUGAGCCUGAGAGCCGGUCAGAAAAUAUGGUUGGCGCCGCGCUCUUUGCAAUCUAAAAGCAUACCAGGUUGGUGGAUAGCCACCGACAACAGGAACGUCGGUUUGGUGCCUGCCAAUUACGUAACUAUAGUGGGACAAUUGAAGAGGAAAUCGGAAUCAGAAAGCAAUGGAAAUGUCACCGCAUCUACGGUAAUUCCAACUUCCAUGCAAAGUGCGACCGUUCCCGGUGAACAGAUGAAUACGCUAGAACCUAACGCUAGCCAACAAAGUACUGACUUCUCUGAGAAUAAUAUUAAAGAUGAUCUCCUUUAGUCCAAAUACAUUGGGAGACCAUCGAUCUAAAUUUACUUGUUCGGAUAGUCACGAAGUGAUAAUGUCUACCUUAUAAUAUAUGGCCUACUAUGCCUUUAUAGGACAUGACUGAUAUAAAAUAAUAUUAACAAAAAUACGCGCCAUAUAUUUACUGGGUAUCAAACAAAGCGCGGUGAGUCUUUUUCAACACAUGCUUGAAUUAUAGUUACGAAAGUCGAUUUACUGAGACUUUUAUGAUUUAUCUCUAUUGGGGGAAAAUUCACCGAUGACCGUAAAAUAAGAACGGUUUCGGUAUUUUCAAUUUACAGUAAUAUAUUACCUUUCUAUAUGUUAAGUUAUUCAAAUAAAGGAGAAUUUGUAACAUGCAUACAUUUAUAAAUUUAAGCCUUUGAAUAUUCAAUCAGAAGAGAAGCAACAAACUCGUAUCAUUUCGCAGAUAUCGGUGCAUAAAUGAUUUUUUAUUUCUUACAAUGAAUGUUUGCAAAUGCGAGAUAUUUCAAUCUUGCACUUGCACUCAGCUGCAAUAACGCUGGUGUUCAACGAAUACUCGAGCAAAACUUAUAUCAAAACUGUAUGAUUUUUUUGUUCAUAUGAUUGUUUGACUUACAACUGCUUGCUCAUACAAGGAAAAUCGGUAACUUGCAUGUCACAAGCUCUCUUUGAAAGGGAAUAUUCGCAAUGUAGUGUCACAAUCUCAUGUGUAAAAUGAAGCACAGGACAAUACAAUCGCGUUUAUAUUUAGAAAUCAAAUUGCAUAAAAAAUAACUGCAAUAUUACGCUAAUAAUUUUCAAAAUAUGAGAUGGCUCCAAAUUGCAGAAUCUCUGAAAAGUAUUUGACAUAAAAAAUCAUUGACGAUUAUAGAACUUUUGUAAAUCCAACAUGUAAUUCACUAAUUCUAUUUAUAACUGCUAUAUCUAAAGGUACAUAUACCAGUUUUUAAUUUAUAUUGACUUCAGUAUGAAAAAAAUUAACUGCUUCAAUUGGUAAAGCAGUCUGCCUUUUCUGUUACCGAUUUAAAAAACCUAAUCAAAAUAUACUAAAGUAUAGACGCGAUUGUUCGGGAAAAGCUAUGAUAUUAUUUAUAAUAUAUGCAAUUAUAGAAUUUUGUACAUUUUUUGUAAUAUUUUUUAAUUGUAACUAUUUUUCCUACUCCAUUCAGUGUUUUGUAUUGGAUUUGUAAUGGAAGUAACUUGCAUAUAUGUACAUAUAUGAUAUAUUUAUAGGCACAUUUUUCUUCACAAAUUGGAAUUUAAGAUAUUGAAUUUGUGAGAUUCGACAGUCCUAAUGUAUUCUUCAAUGUUGAGAACGUUUCUCUUUAUGUCGUUUUAAAUAAAAUUUACAAAAUUUUAUUAUACGUUAAUGUAUAAAAAUGUUGAUAUUUAUGCUUGAAGAGUCUAAUGAGAAUUGAUUCGUAUUCAUGACUUAUCGGGAAAGCAUUGAAUUACUGCGUAAAGAAAUUUAAUAUAAUAAAACGUGUUUUGCCGCUAAGCUACCUAUCAAUAUGCUCUUGAGAAAUUGAAAUCGGUUGGGCACGUAUAACGGAUUCUGAUCGGAAUUGUUUAGUUAUUUCCUAGAUUUCUAUUGUGUUUUCUAGGGAAAAUGGAAUAAUUCCGAUUGGAAUUCAUUUCGAAAAAUUCCAUAAUAUGUGCCCUUAUCUAGUUAAUUAGGAACAAUAAUCACACGAAAUUUAGAUAGGCAUAUAUCGAUUUGGACGAUUAUAUAUAGCACUAAAUACGAAACAAAAUAAAUGAUAUAACUAUGGAUUA